GGUGUGAUGCUCGGUGGGUGGGGUGUUCAGGGUACGUGCAUGUAGCCGGACUGUUCUCCAUGUGAUUAUCUUGUACAAGCGUACGAUUUUCAAUCAGCUGAAACCGGAAUCACGACAACCACAUAUUUCAUACCGGAUAUAGUCUAAGCAUAUUUCGUGGAGCUAUUUUUACUUGCGGUGAAUAAAAGGAUAGUCAUGAUCGUGACAGUCAAUGUGAAACAUUCAUAAUUCAGAUGAAGGCUCAUUACAUACAACCAACAGAUGGAUAUAAACUUCCCCAAUGAAGGAAGGGAAACAUUCAAUGUGGGAUAAAAAAGACUGACAUUGACGAAGGCGGUGGUCCCUCUGUGUUCAGUUCUGCUGAUUAACGGAUGGUGUCUGACAAGGCUGACUAAGGGAUCUCCGUGGAUGAACUCUGCGAUGAUGUCCGCUUCAGAACCCCUGAUUGAGCCGCAAGAAAUCGCACGGGAGGGGGGAUAUGGCGCUAUAACAAGGGAUGCCGAGGAACCUGCACAGGAGCACAGAGGGUUACCCCAGGAGUCCUGGACGCAUCUCGCCCCGAACAGGGUACAACUAGCCAAGGGUCCAAAUAGCUACAUGUGCUAUGCAAUUCUGUCAGCCAUAUUUUGCUGUUUCCCUCUCGGAAUCCCAGCCGUGUAUUAUUCCUUCAAGGUGAGGGAACACAGUAAGAAGAUGGACUGGCCCAAAGCAAGAAAAGCAGCAUACCGGUCCAGGUACCUGAUUCAGAUGGCGGUGUCCCUCGGUAUGGUCCUGUGGUGUCUUGGGCUGGUGGUGUUCAUUGCCAUUACCAAACCAAGAGCAUGACCCUGCAUCAUUCAAGGCAUCAGAACAAACUUUGUUUUGACUAGUUGUGUUUGUUAUAACGCCGCAAUAAACAAUAUUUCAGCUUUCAGUGAUCCGUCUGGACCAGACAAAACCCGUGAUUGAUAUUAUGAGCUUUCUGGGUACGCUGACAAUGUCGACCAAAUCACCGAGCCUGACCACCCGAUCCACUAAAUCUGCUGAUUCUAACCCGGAAUCACCACCGAGGCCGAUACUAGUACCCAUAUGGAAAGACUUAUUUCUUCUAGGAUCCAGUUAUUCAUACUUAAAAAUCCAGCGUUUUAUAUCUACAUUUAAUUAUUAAUACCCUGGACCAAUUCGGCAUUCGUUUCGGAAUGAUGUCACCACCCUCAUCACAGCUAUCUCUGACCGAGCACACAAUUCAUCUCCUUUAGGGGAGUAACUUGAUAGGACGGUUCAAGGACCAGUGUAUACAUAAUAAUGGAAUGGCAAUAAAAUACACUGGGCAUUCAAGGAUGCUAAGUGUGCUACAUGAUCCGCUAGUCUGAAAUUAGCGGUUGACUGCGUGUGUUAAAUGCUUGGUGUCUACCCCUGAAUGCGAUGGUCGGAAAGUUUGCACACAUCCACUCGUGCAGGAAUUGUGUACAGAAAAUGAUGUUUCCUGUCGGACCAAUUAAUAAACAAUUGACUACAGGUGGAGCACGGGUAUCAUUGCGUCCUGGGCACAAUGGUUUGAGGACAAACAUAUGUUAGUAAUGAAAUAAUAAUAGUGUAUACAGUUUCACAGGUAUGAAAUGCCUGCAUUUUUAUAUUUUGUCAUUUAUUGCAUGACCAUUACGAUGGCAACACAUGUUAAUGUUGGUGCUUGUUUACAUAACUCAACAGUCAACCUGGGCCCCGUUCCUGCAUGAAUGAGUUGUUCGUACGCCUGCUUUCAACAGUAUUCCAGUUAUAUCACGGCGUGUCUGCUUAAAGCGUGUGUGUGUGUG